AUGAAGAUGCUACUGGCCCUGGUCCUCUUUUUGUUCACUCUGACCAUCUUUUCAGAUUCUUCCCCCAUACUGACAGAAAAACAAGCUAAGCAACUACUAAGAAGUCGGAGGCAAGAUCGGCCCAGCAAACCUGGUUUUCCUGAUGAGCCAAUGCGGGAGUAUAUGCUAUACCUUCUUCAGCUGGAACAGAGAGCAGAGGAGCAGUUUUUGGAGCACUGGCUGAAUCCACAUUGCAAGCCUCACUGUGAUAGGAAUCUGGUCCAUCCUGUCUAAUAGGUCCAGAAUGAUCAGAUACCAACAAGUGCUUUUUGAGGAAACAGCCCACAUUGCAUUUAAUCAGUAUAAAUGUCCACCUGCAUUUUUUUCCUGACUAUAAGAAUGGGUGUCUUCAGGACCUGUGGAAUUUGGUACCAUCUUACCAAUGCACCAAUUGCAAAGGUUGCUUAAGGGAUGGAGAAUCCAUUUGUUUGCUGCUUCGUGCUGCCCACCUGCCCAGAUUCUAGUUAUUAGUAAUUUGAAGCACAAGUGUCUAUUAGUUUUAAGAGGGAGGCAGGGCAGGUUAGGCACAGGUUCCAGUUAAGGAGCUGCCAAGAGGUCUCUGAGCUUAGGAAUUUGGGUGAAAACAUUGUUUAUAGCAGUGAAGCACAGCUCUUGUGUUGUGUUAGUAUUUUGAUUGCUUCAGUUAUACUCUACUAGCAUUCUCUGGGCCCUACCUCCUCUCCCCACUACCUAUCAUAAUAAAUAAAUA